GUCACAUAAAUGUCUUCAUUUGUAUUCGAUAGCAACGCAAAUGAGAUUAAAUAUCACGUGAAGUAGAUAACCAUUAUAUAUAAUUUAUAUAUGAUUAUCAUUAAUAAUAAUUAAUAAUAGACUCCUUAUGCUAGUUCUUUUAAAUAAUGUAGUGAUCAUCACAUUAGUUGUCAUAAAGAUAAAUGUACUUAAGAAACAUAAUGAAUUAAAUCGCGCUUAUAAUUGAAUUAUAUUGGGAAGAAAGUGGAGUAGCAAAUAUAGCAUUGUAACUAUUAAAACUCAAAGUAUAAAGAACUCUGAAGGAUAAAUAAGUAGCUUCACUGAUGUCGCGUUACUUUGUCUCGACAAUGUUAAGAUACUUGUUGCUGCUGCAUUGUAUUUCAAUAGGAUUUACAAUAACAUUAAAUCCACUAUCGAUUUUAAUGGUACAGCCUCUUGCGUCAACUAGUCAUCACGUAUGGACGAUGCCUUUAUUAAGAGAUCUUCUCCGUAAAGGCCAUCACGUACACAUAAUAAGCAUUCAUGAAGCUGAUGUUGAGGAUAAACUUGUACAAAAUUUGACGUCCAUCGUUUUUGAUGAUAUGAUGAGUGAACUGUUUAAAGGCGAUGAUUAUGAUCCAACCAAAUGGAGAGAAUUUAGUACAUUACAAACGAUACAGUUUGUGUAUUCUUGGGGACAUGAUAUGUGUGAAAAAAUAAUAACAACCAAAGCAGCGAAAGAACUUUUGAAAACAGUCAAGAAUGUUAAAUUUGAUGUCAUAGUACAGGAUGUUACGUUAAAUCAAUGUCUAUACGGAUUAUGGGAGGUCGCCAAGGACAAACCGCCCAUAGUUGGUUUCAUUCCAUUUGGUCUUGCAUCAUGGUUCAAUGAUUACGUUGGAGGUCCUAAUUAUCCUACAGUUCGACCUCAUUGCCACGUAGGCAUUGCAAAACCAGAAGGCUUUUGGCAAAGAACUUGGAAUGCUGUUAAUUAUAUAUUUGAUGAUCUAAUCCGAAAUUAUAAUUACUUUCCUAAAGCUCAACAGCUCGCUGAGCGUUAUAUUGGUCACAAAAUUAGAUCGUUACACGAAAUACAAAAAGAUAUUAGUAUUGUACUGGUUAAUAGUCAUCCUGCAUUUGAACCUGCAAUUCCUUUACCGCCAAAUGCCAUAGAAAUUGGAGGAAUGCAUGCACAAAGCUCUCGGACUGUCACCGAUAAGAAAAUACGUGAUUUUCUCGAUGGAGCAAAAAAUGGAGCUGUUGUAAUAUCAUUAGGAACUAAUGUGGCAUGGAAAUCUGUUGAUUUGGAUAAAUUUAAGGCUGUUGUACUCGCUUUGUCAAAACUAAAACAACGAGUGCUUUGGAAACUAAAAAUUAAAAUGUCAUUUGAGUUGCCUGAUAAUAUAAUGGUCGUGAAGUGGAUUCCUCAAGGCGAUGUGUUGACUCAUAAGAAUGUAAAAGCAGUUUGGACACAUGGUGGUCUUCUCAGUACGCAAGAAGCCAUCUGGCAAGGUGUACCAAUAAUCGGAAUGCCUUUCUUUAUGGAUCAAAGACCUAAUGUGGAAAUACUGGUAGCUAAAGGUGUUUGUGUACACUUGGACUUUGAAACGUUAUCCACGCAAACUAUCUUAGAUGCUUUUAAUAAAGUACUUUAUAAUGAAAGUUAUGCAAAAAAUAUGAAACAAUUAUCUCGUGAAUUUCGGGAUCGACCAAUGCCGCCGUUGGACUUAGCGACUUGGAGCAUCGAAUACGCCGCUCGUCAACCAAAAGAAACUUUGUCAUCACCGAUUAAAUUUCAGAGCUGGGUACAACGGACACUGAUUGAUGUAUACGCGUUUUUAUUCUUUUGUCUUGUCAUAAUUCUAUCUAUUAUAUUCCAUACUUUAAAGGUAUUAUUUAAUUUUUAUUAUUAUCAUAUAUAUACUACGACUGAAACCCAUAAAAAUAAACAGAUGUAAGCGACAGAUGUAAAUAUAUAUUAAAUACAAAGAUUGUGUGACUAAUUAUUGUAAUUAUUUUGAAUUUGAGAAGCAUACAAAUGAACUCUUUCUAUGUGUACAUAUUUAAGAACAAAUUCUUAAUGUUAACUUUGCAAAUAUCGAUGAACUUUUGUAUCAUUAGUAAUCAAAUACUGU